AUUCCAAGACUCACCAAUCCAGAAGCAGGAAUGUGAAACGCGGCCGCCAGAAUGGAGUCGACGGAAAGCCGGAGGGACCCUAAAAGUUAGGGGCGGGGAUACCAGCCUUGAACCUGUUCACCAGCUGAGGCUGGGAAAACCGAGUGCUGCAGAAUUCUGGCCUGCCGAGGGCUUGAGCUGGAGAGAUAGGGCGGGUGUGGCCCUUAUCUGCACACCAACCGGAUGGCCUGGUCCUAGGGCCUCUAUAUCACUCACUCACUUUCUCGGGUUCCCCCUAUCUCGUGGGCCUUGCGAUGGGCCGGACUGUGAUGGUGCUUGGCGGAGGUAUCAGCGGAUUGGCCGCAAGUUAUCAUCUGAUCCGAGGGCGCAGUCCUCCUAAGGUGAUUUUAGUGGAGGGCGGCAAACGUUUGGGAGGCUGGAUCCGCUCAGUCCGAGGAUCAGAUGGUGCGAUCUUUGAACUUGGACCGCGAGGAAUUAGGCCGGCUGGAGCCCUGGGAGCCCGGACCCUGCUCCUGGUUUCUGAACUUGGCUUGGAGUCCGAAGUCUUGCCUGUGCGAGGGGAUCAUCCAGCUGCCCGGAACAGGUUCCUGUAUGUAGGCGGUACCCUGCACCCCCUACCCUCUGGCCUCAGGGGGCUACUCCGUCCUUCACCGCCCUUCUCAAAACCUCUGUUUUGGGCUGGGCUGAAGGAGUUGAUGAAGCCCAGGGGCAAAGAGCCUGAUGAGACUGUGCACAGUUUUGCCCAGCGCCGCCUUGGACCUGAGGUGGCGUCUUUUGCCAUGGACAGUCUUUGCCGAGGAGUGUUUGCUGGCAACAGCCGUGAACUCAGCAUCCGGUCCUGCUUUCCCAGCCUCUUCCAAGCUGAACAAACCCACCGGUCCAUAUUACUGGGGCUGCUGCUGGGGGCAGGGCAGAGUCCACAGCCGGAUUCCUCAUUAAUUCGUCAGGCCCGGGCUGAGCGAUGGAGCCAGUGGUCACUUCGUGGAGGGAUGGAGUUACUGCCCCAGACCCUUCACAAUUACCUAACAAGUAAAGGGGUCACUGUCCUCAGUGGGCAGCCAGUCUGCGGGCUCAGCCUCCAGCCAGAAGGGAGCUGGAAAGUAUCUCUAGGGGACAGCAGUCUGGAGGCUGACCACAUUAUAAGCGCCAUUCCAGCUUCAGAGCUCAGCAAGCUGCUCCCUGCCGAGGCUGCACCUCUUGCUCGAGUCCUGAGUACCAUCAAGGCUGUGUCUGUCGCUGUGGUGAACCUGCAGUACCGCGGAGCUUGUCUGCCUGUCCAGGGAUUUGGACAUUUGGUGCCAUCAUCAGAAGAUCCGACUGUCCUGGGGAUUGUGUAUGACUCCAUUGCUUUUCCUGAGCAGGAUGGGGACCCCCCAGGCCUCAGAGUGACUGUGAUGUUGGGAGGUUACUGGUUACAGAAGCUAGAAGCCAAUGGCCAUCAACUGUCUCCAGAGCUGUUCCAACAACAAGCACAGAAAGCAGCUGCUACACAGUUAGGACUGAAAGAACCACCAAGCCACUGCUUGGUCCAUCUACACAAGAACUGUAUCCCUCAAUAUACACUAGGCCACUGGCAAAAGCUAGACUCAGCUAAGCAAUUCCUGACGGCCCAGAGGUUGCCCCUAACUUUGGCUGGAGCCUCCUAUGAGGGAGUCGCUGUCAAUGAGUGUAUAGAGAGCGGGCGCCAGGCAGCAGCUGCUGUCCUGGGCACAGAUCUAACAGCUGACCCCACGUUCCUCUCAUAAAAGUUGGUGGAGCUCGG